UGUGUCAAUUGUCCGUGAGAUGCGUUAAUAAAGUCUUUGUUAGAUAUGCAACUGGUGUUUAAUUUUUUUUGAGACAAGGCUUUGCAUUUAUGUAAAAAAUUAUAGACUUAUUUUAGUCACGGCUUACAAAGUAUACAAAUGUGUGGUCAUUUAAAUAAUUUUCUGUUAGGAGAUAAUAAAUUGUGCUUUUGGACUAUUGAAUAUUUGAGAAAACAUAGAUAAAAGGUUUUAUUUUCAAAAACACAGAUUUUUGCUUAUAAAGUAAAUUUUUGGUUUGUAUGCUAAUUGUACUCAGUGAUACAAUUUUUUAAUUGGUUGUGGAUUUCAUGCUUAAAAGAUUAAAUUUUUCAAAUUAUAACAAUUGUUAAAAAAGUUCAAUGACUUUCAAAAUACUGCCACCAGUGUAAAUAACCAUACUGGUCAUUGGCUUUUUACAGACAAAAGGGAAAAGGAAGGUCCAUGUUUAGAUUAUUAUUUAAAUCAUAUGCACCGUCGGCAACAUGUAAAUUUUGUGUUUUAUACAGGAAAUGUAGACACUCAUCAGUUUAAUCGCUUUAAAACUGUAUAAAGUAUAUGUUAUUAAGUAUAUGUGAACUGUUAUUGUCGUGUAGCUGUAUAUUCAAGAAUUAUGAGUUCAAAGAAACCAGUUGCUACUAAAAAAUGUUCAUUUUCAAAUUUGGUAUACAUUAAAGACAACUUUUGGAAAUCUUGUAAAGCUCAUGACAGUAUUGAAGUCUGAAAAAAUAAAAACUGUACAUUAAAUGAGAGCAUGGCAUUUGGAAAGAAUGGGAAUAUGAAAGGAUUACGUGUACAGACAGAGAGACGGGACUCUCGGAGUUAUUUGCUGUCGCCGGAACUGUCAAACAGUCCAUCUCAGUUUGUAGUGUCCCCGUCAUACUCUUACGUUGACGGUUUUAAUAGUUUAAGUAACCGUGGCAAUAGGAAUAAUUAUGUUGGCAUGAACAAUUCAUGGCAAACAAGUAGCUUUGGCAGUCUGGCUCCAUUGCUGCCAUCUAGGGAGCCCCGUGCAGGGGCUUGGAGUCAAAAUGGUAGCCCAGGCAGUCAUUUUCUUGGUAGUCCGGUGAAUCAUUUUCAUGGUGUAGGUGACCUUGAGAAUAUACACAUUGAUGGAAUGAAUCAAAACAAGAAUUAUGAUUAUGCAGAUUAUGGCCAUCAGUACGAGGAGUUACCCAACAGGAAAAGUAUCGCUAAAUGUCCCAUGGACAGUGGGAUGGAUUCCCGUUCGGAAUUUUAUCAGUCAUCAGGGGGAGCCACUGAUAUCGCCUCAGAGACGGAGGACACUGCAAACAUUGUAAACCAUCGUAAUGAUAAAAGAAAGCGUGUAAAUCCUCUGUAUGAUGCCAUGACCCAGUCGAUGCCGAGUAUCUACAACAAGAAUAAAUCAACAGAAAGCGAGGGUCUAAGACAACAGGUUCGCUGUCUGAAGUGCGCGCUCAUCAUCCUCAUUGUUCUCACAUGUGCUGCCAUUGCCAUCAGUGUGUUCGCUGUCAUAACUUAUAACCAGACUAAAGAUGACCCUGAUCCUCUCCUCACACCCAAAGUACAAAAACUUACAAGCGAUUAUUCAAGACUGGAGGCUUUGCUCAGUUCGUUUGACGACAGUAACGAUACAAUGAAAAUUUUGUCGGACCUCGUAGAUAAAGUGAAAACAAUAGAAAAUGCUUCAGAUACAAGGUUUGAAGCAGUUAACCAACAGAUAGCCGCUACACAACAUGACAUUCUAGUUAACUCUCAGGAUAUUGUAGAUACCCGUAAAAAUGUUAGCAGUGAAAUCUCAUUUCUGAAUAUGACAUUACAGCUACAACUGCAUAACAUAUCCAAACAAGAAGGUCCGCAGGGUCCCCAGGGAGUAGCCAACUUUUCACAUUGUUCGUACAUAAAUCAUUCCAGUGAGGCUGUUGCCUCAGAUAAGUUCCCUUCAUACAGCCUCUGGCUGCCUACAGAAGUAGAUCUAGAUAGAAACAUAGCUUUGUUUGCUUCCUGUUCAAUAGAAGGAGGUACGGAAGACCAUCUUGAAAUACACGCCAUUUCUCCUGAGAAAGUGCAAUAUAGGUGUAGAUGUAGCGGUAAUAUUACGGGUGAAAGCAGGCGGACAUGUACUGUACAUAUUUUGCGAUGUCCGAGAUACAGUUAGCGAGUCGUGUUCCAAAGCAUGCAGUGUUCCAAAAUACGAAUGUGAACAGUUGAAGCAUAAUACAAAAAAAAGUGCCACAAUUUUGUAAAAUAUUAUGAGAUAUCAGUGUCAUUGUGGCAUAUAUGCAAAAUUGACAACAAACUGAGAUGUUGCAAAUGAUGAAAUACAAAAUCUUCUGGUCUCUAGGCACACUUGUGAUAAUAAACAUUUGACAAAUACUGGAAUACCUUAAAAACUGAAUGAUACUGAAACAGUAUCAAUGACGCACUGAGAUUAUAAAUGCCAGAAAAAGUGUACUGUCAAGCAACAAAGUCUUUCUGUUGUAGUUCCAUAAAUGUGCACUAGUCCGGUUGGAAGGGUUUUAUACUAGUAUGACCCAAGGGAUUUCCAGUUUGGUACUUCAUUUGAACAAAUAUUUUCUGUUCCAAUUUGAGCAAAGGUCACUCAUCCUCAGUCACCGGUUGCAGAGGAGAAAUUAUCACUUACUUCAGAAGAAUAAGUAGGCAGGAAAAUAAUGAGAAAAAAAUCUAGGACUGUUGCUACAUAUAACUGUAAGACUGUUGAAAAACAGCUUGUUUCCCUCGCUAAAAAGACAGACAAAAGUAACAAUGAAACUUGUUAAACUUUAGACAGGAAAUGUCAAUAAGGUUUGAUAAAUGAGAAGAUGUGUGAACUCUGGGUAAUAUUAUUGAUAAAUGUGCUAUAUGUCUAAAUGUUCAACAUAAUGUAGAUUGGAUAAUUUUUGCAUAGUAUUUUUCACAUUUUAUUGAGCAUUUUUCAGGGUUAGAAAGCUACUUUGUGGUGUUAAGAAUCAGAGAAAUACGAGUAUUUGUGUUUUAGGACACAAUGCUGAUUGAUAUACAGGAAUAUUUUGAAUUCACGAGUGGCAAUUUUUGUGAACAUUAACCAAUAUAAAACCAUUACGAAUUUUACCCAGUUUACAGUAAUGGUUUCAAACAACCAUCCUUGAAGUUGUUUCAUGUAAUUGCCCAUAAUUUUUUCAUUGUGACAUUGAUUAGAUAUUUAUCAACAGUAUGGAAUUACUGUUAGUUGAUAUAUAUAUAUAUUACAGAUCUAUAUACAUGCAAUUUUCAUUACUUCCAAAUUAAUGAAAGAAGAAAAACAUUAUUUUGUAUAAUAAAAACCUAAACGACCUACAGUGGAAUCUCUCUAAUCGGGUUUUCAGAUUAGAAUGGUUCUAUUUUUUACUGAAAAUUUAUGCUGUGUUGUUAUACAUAAUGUACUUUAAAUUGUAAUUUUGCAUGAAGAAUACUUUACUUAUGCAUGUGCUGAUGGAAAACACAUGCAGGUUCAAGCAGAGCUCAUUGUGAUAAAUAAAACAUUUGUGAUGCUACAUGUGAACAUGGCUUGAUAUUAGUUUGUAAAUUUGUUUCCUUGAUAAAAGAUGAAAAUUUUAAAAUCUGACAUGUACAAUAUUACAUUAUACAUGAACACCUUCAACUUUAUUGUAAGAAAAAUAUUGAAGGGCAUUAAAUGUUGAUAAAAUGACAAUUAAGUAUAUUUUGUGGCUUUGCCAAAAGUUUGAUAUUAUUUGAUGUUGUUAAUAAAUAUUGUAAGCAGACGGCAAAAUUGGGUAUACUGGUAUUUCAUAAACAUAAUUACCUGAGACACACUAUAUUACAUGCAUCCGUAUAUUUCAGCAUUAUGUCAAACUACUGCAUGCAUUACACAAUAUGUUACGGGCAUUGUAUUACACAAUAUGUCAACGACAUUAUAUUACACAGUAUAUCAUCAGCAUGAUAUUACACAAAAUGUAUUCAGAUAAUACAUGUUUUUAAGCUCAAAUUUUUAUCAUCAAAAUGUUUCUUGUAUCAAGGAUCUUAAUUAGAUGGCAAAGAACCUCCCUGUCAAUUUGUUGUAAAUAUUCAUUUGGGUGAGAAGCUAGAAAUUACAAGAAUUCAAUUUGUCUACCUAGCAGGGAAACACAAGGAUAUCCCUGUCAUAUAAAACCUUAUCUUUUGCUAGGGAAAAGCCAAGUUACACAUAUCUACCGGCAAUUAUGCAUUGUGUUGUUUUAAUUAGAUCAUAUACUACAUGCACGAUUUUAUAAUUUACAAUACCUUUGAAAAUAAUAAGCAGGAAACAAGAUUUUACAUGCCUGCCUGUGUCAGGUAGAUGUUUUCCCAACCCUUGACACAGCGCAGAUAAGAAACCUUGCUAGCGUUCAGUUUCUCAUUCCCGCAGUUCCUAAGGAUUCAGAAAAAUCUGUCCUCCACAGACAGCCAUGUAAGCUACUUAUAUUCCUUGGCUGCCAUUACUGCCAAGAGUUGAAGUGAUGGAAUAUAAUUGUAUUAUAAUCAAAGAUAAAAAAAAAAGUAUAUAUAUAUAUUGCCAAAGCAGUGCUCAAGGAACGAUUUCAUUGUCAGGGUAGCACAAAGGUUUAUUCUUGCUUAGAUUUCAUUACCAUUUCAAUAAAUUGACAGCUGUCAAUCAAAUCUAUGUAAGUCCUUGUUUUAACCCAUUAUAAAAAAACGUUUUAUAAUGACCAUUCCAUUAUAUAUAUAUAGUCAUACGAAGGGCCAUAUGCAUUAAUUGUAUUGUCAUAUUGUGUUUUAUGUUUUGUUUAAAAAAAUGUUUUAUUAUAAUUUUAUGAAGUUUGAUCUUGUGCAAUUAUAGAUGCUAUUUUUACCAAA